UCUCUCUCCAAAUACAAAUAAAUAUGUAUACAUUUUGAUACAUGUACAACCUUUUCUCAUCAACCCUUUUAAUUUUCUUUAAUUUUAGUCACAUGUUGAUAUAGUAUUACGUUUUCAUUUAGUUGGGAGGCUUUAAAACUUUCAUAUAUCAACAAAUAGACAGAAAGUAGAAACAAAAAAUGGCGCAGAAAUACUAGCCUUUGAGUGAUCGCUAAUUGGCCGGAAAAUGGGGAAGAAAGGAGGCGGCAGCGGCGGCGGCUGGUUUUCGUCGGUGAAGAAGGUCUUCAAGCAGUCUCCCACCAAAGAAUCCCCGGAAAAAAAGAAAGAGAGCGUGGAAAAAUGGCAUUACGAAGCACCGGAGGUGGUGUCGCUGGAGCAUUUCCCCGCGGAGAGCUCGAGCAUAGGGUCGUCCCCGGUGGGGGAGGAUCCGAGCCACGCGAUGGCGGUGGCCGUGGCCACGGCAGCGGCGGCGGAGGCAGCAGUGGCGGCAGCUCAGGCAGCGGCGAAAGUGGUUAGGCUGGCCGGGUACGGGCGGCAGUCGAAGGAAGAGAGGGCGGCGACGCUCAUACAGUCGCAUUACAGAGGAUAUCUGGCUCGGCGGGCGUUGCGGGCGCUGAAGGGGUUGGUGAGGCUGCAGGCGCUGGUUAGGGGCCACAACGUGCGGAAGCAGGCGCAGAUGACCAUGCGGUGCAUGCAGGCGCUGGUGCGCGUGCAGGCACGCGUUCGCGCUCGUAGGCUCCAGCUCGUCCACGAUAAGCUGCGGAGCAAGCUGGAGGAGGAGAAGCAGAGGAUCAGUGAUCAGCAAUGGGAUAGUCAUAGGAGGUUGAGCCCUGCUAGAAAAUUGCAUGAUUUUCAAGUCAAGAGGGAGAGGGCUCUUGCCUAUGCUCUAGCCUACAACCAGCAACAAAUGGUAGAAUCCGAUGAGAAUCCCGAAAAGCCGCAGUGGGGGUGGAAUUGGCUGGAACGGUGGAUGGCGUCGCAGGUGGUGGCGCGUGACGACAGCAUCUCUGAGAAAACGGUUGAAAUGGACUUGGUAAUGCCGGAGAAUUUCAUGAUGGGGCGGCUGAGCGGGGACGGUAUGGAAUCGAGCCCGUAUUCAUCUCGGCAGCCGCGGCGGAUGGACGUGCCUAGCUACAUGGCCCCGACGCAAUCCGCCAAGGCGAAGGUGCGGGCUCAAGGCCCGAGUAAGCAGCCCAGCCCGGCGGGAAUUCAGUGGAACUCGUCCACAAAGAGAGUAAAUGUGAACGGGCAAGGAUACGAAUCAUCGAGUUCGGGUGGAGGAACAACGUAUCAGGUUCAAAGAAGCCCGAACCCGAAAGAUGGAAGUCGCGGGCCAGGUAAGUGGAUGUGCAGCCCGGAAUCGAGCAGUGAGGAUCGGGCUUUUUCAUCGGGCCAUGCUUGGAGACAUACUUACGGCUGAUAUUAUUACUGCUGUUGAUUUUAAUAUCAAGAUUGUCGUGUGAUGAAGUCUAUAUAACUUAUGAUCCAACGUUGAUCAUUAAAUAAUUUUGUCAACAUCUUCAAGGAUAGAUAUAUUCUCUGUUUCCCACUAAAACAAAA